ACGCCACCCAAAAACGCCGUUUCAUUUGCUUUAACCGGCGCCUGUUCCCCUAUGCGACCGGAGAAGUUCAAGAAACCGGCCCAUCAAGCAUCGAUUCCGGUGAGCAGCUUCCGGAACCCAUCGGUCGACCCUCAGAAUUAGCCAAACCCAUUGUGCACGAAUGAGCCAGUACGAAGAAGAAACAUUCCAGAUUCAAUUUUGGACGCAUUUUGACAAUUGAAUAUUUGCAAGAACAUCAUAUUCACUUGUAUAAGACGUAAGGUUACUUCGGGUUCAUACUACUUCAUGUUCGGGUCAAUGUGGGUUCAAGU